AAAAGGCACAGAGAGAUCCUUCACAGAUCAGAGAGAGUCAGCUUUUGAGCUGCGAAAGUAAUGAGUCACUCAUCAGUCUCAACAAAUACACCACCCAAUACUGUGGAGUUUACAAAGUUUUCCUGAAGACAGUUCUUCUUGACUUUAAUUGUUGGACAUGCCACCUCAAAUGGAUUACUUUUACCAGUCAAGAGUUCCGUCCGUGUGUUUAGAGCAGGACGACGCGCUGGAGCCCGGGAUCAGCUGUAUGCUGGUCGGGGAUGGUGCGGUCGGGAAGACCAGUAUGAUUGUCAGCUACACAACCAAUGGAUACCCUACGGAUUACAAACAGACGGCUUUUGACGUCUUCUCAGGACUAGUUCAGGUGGAUGGGACCCCUGUGCGGAUUCAGUUGAUGGACACUGCUGGACAGGAAGAAUUUGAAGAAUUCAGAUCUCUGUCUUAUGCACACACGGAUGUCUUCCUUCUCUGCUUCAGUGUGGUUAACCCCACGUCAUUCCAGAACAUAAUCAAGAAAUGGAUCCCUGAGAUUCGUGCGUGUAACCCAUCCUCCCCCAUCAUUUUAGUCGGAACUCAGUCGGACCUUCUACUGGACGUUAACGUUCUCAUAGACUUGGACAGGUUCAAGGUCAAACCGGUGCUCAGCUCACGGGCACAGAGCCUCGCAGAGAAGAUCAGGGCUGUAGAGUACGUGGAGUGUUCGGCCCUGACCCAGAAGAACCUAAAGGAGGCCUUCGACUCAGCAAUAUUCGCGGCUAUUAAACACAAGGCCAGGAAGGCCAAAAAACUGAGACUGUCAGACAGACGAGCUAAAGCUUUUUCCAAGUGCAGCUGGAAGAAGUUCUUCUGCUUCAUCUGACCCUGUGGGUCAAAAUGUGUGGACUGUUUACAUGAGAUAUUAAUUUAUUUUGGACAAUGUGUUUACCUACAGUCAUUUAGCUUUAUUUUAUGGGCGGAGUUGUUUGAUCAGUGGUGAACUUCCCAGGAAACGUUCGAGUGACAUGUGAGAGCUGUUGCAUUACUCAACACAAAGUUUUCGGAGCAUUUUAAUAGCACAAGCUGUAUAAGUAACACUAGCUGUAAGAUUUAUAAACACAUUAUGAAGAAAGAUUAGAGAAAACUACUCCUUAAUUCAUUUAUUGUUCACAAACAGCACCCACCAUAUGUAAAUGAGUGAAUUUGCAUGAGCUGGAUAGCUGCCUUAUUCAAAGCUUGAAUGUGUUCACGUGGAGAUGUCUCUGAUGGUCGAGGGAACAAGAGUGGGUAUCUAUCUUAUCUCUGUUGUGUCGGGUGCUACUUUGACAGACUCUUUCAUAUGCAACAGCCCAAACUAAAGUCAAUGUGUGAGAUGUCUCCUUCUUAGGUGCCUGUGACCACAUAAAUCUGACAUCACUCUUACAAUGAUUCAGCCUGUUCUGCUGAUAAACCUUAGCUGGGGAUUGUCUUGCAAAUUGGC